UCUCACUCAGACACUGUCUCUCACUCUCACUCACACUGUCUCUCUCUCGUGGAGACAGUGUAACUCUGUCCUGAUCAUCAGUGUCAUCAUCACUGCCGCUGCCCGUGAACGUUUUUUCCGCGGAGUUUGAAUGAAAUGUAACGACUUCUGAUUAUUUUUCUGUCUUUUUUUGCUUUGUUUGUUUGUUUGUUUGUUUCUGUCUGGAUAAUUGACACGAGGCUGCGAGAGAUGUCAACAGCAGCUGAGUGUGUGUUUGGAGUGUAAAUGGACGACCUGUGUGCCGUGGUCCUCUGCGGCUCUGGAGAGUCAUUCCUGCGUUUUAGCGCGAGCAUCCCCGAGGAGUUUUGUGUGUCAUCGGGACCUUGAGGCACACCCACGCACACACAGAUGAUGUUCAGCCACCCCCUCUCACUUUAGACCUGGCAGACCUCUAAUCUCUAAAAGAUUGAUGAGGUCCUGUUCAGGCGCAGGAGGCCUGGCACAGCCUUGAUAAGGCAGCUUUCAUUUCAGCACAUUUUAUCCCUCACUCCGCGCUCGCUGCUUUCAACACUACGAGGAGGGAUCAUGACACGCCAAGGCCUCCAGGCGAGAAGGACAGUCUCUUAAGAAACAGAAACCAUGAAAUGUUUUGGAAGUGACAGCUGUGUUUUCUUCUGUCACUCGGCCUCAGCCGCGCGGUCGCUGAGCAGGACGCCGGCACCGGCAUGUCACUGUCAAACCUGUGGAGCUGGAGCAUAAUGAGGCUACAGAGAGACGCUCAGAGCUGAGAGCAGCUGAACACACAAAACACACCUGCACACACACACAGUCGCACACUUGGAGUGUCCCACGCAGGAACAUGUGCAACAUCUCGUUCUGUAAUGUGGACAGUAAGGUGGACCAGUUCUUCCAGCCCACGCUCUACAUCAUAGUCAUCGUUCUGGGGCUGCCCACUAACUGCAUGGCCCUGUGGGCUGCCUACAUGCAGGUGCGCCAACGCAAUGAGCUCGGCAUCUACCUGAUCAACUUGUCAGUGGCUGACCUCCUCUACAUCACCACUCUUCCUCUGUGGAUCGACUACUUCCUGCAGCACGACGACUGGAUCCACGGUCAGGAGAGCUGCAAGCUGUUUGGCUUCAUCUUCUACACGAACAUCUACGUCAGCAUCGCCUUCCUCUGCUGUAUAUCGCUCGACAGAUACCUGGCCGUGGCGUACCCCUUACGCUUCGCCAAGGUCAGACGAAUCAAAACGGCCAUCUUGGUCAGCACCGUGGUGUGGCUCAUUGAGAUCAUCGCCAACUCUGCUCCUCUCUUCCACGAUGAGCUCUUCCAGGAUCGGUUCAACCACACCUUCUGCUUUGAGAAGUAUCCCAUGCAGGACUGGGUGGCAGGGAUGAACCUCUACCGGACAUUUCUAGGCUUCCUUGCUCCCUGGACAGCCAUGCUGGUCGCCUACCGUGGAAUCCUAGCGGCAGUGCGCUGCAAUGUCUCAACUGAGCGUCGCGAAAAGGCCAAAAUUCAGCGGCUGGCUUUGAGUUUGAUCCUAAUUGUGUUGUUCUGCUUUGGACCGUACCACGUCCUCCUCCUCGUACGGAGUGUCAUGUUUCUAAACAAGCCGUGUGACUGUGGCUCCGAGGAGAGUUUGUUUGCGGCGUACCACGUGUCAUUGGCACUGACCAGCCUCAACUGUGUCGCCGACCCCAUUUUGUACUGUUUCGUCAACGAGGGGGCAAGGAACGACGUCGGCCGAGCCCUCUCAGCGCUGCUGCCCGUGGCCUGUCAGAAGGGCUCCUCUUCGCCUUCGCACGCUGACAUGCUGAACGCUGGUUCGGUCACCAUGGAAACGCCUCUUUCGACAAAGAGGCAGCCUUGUGUGUACGUCGAUGGUGGCAAGACAAGCAGCUACAAGACCGAGCUGGUGGCUCUGAAGGAGGAGUGUCUACAGAUGACCAUUCUCAGUGUGAGGAAGUGACUUCCACGCUGGAACCAGCAGCAGCAGCACGUCCUAACACAUCGAAUGCUUUUGUUCUGACUAAAAUCAGAUGCAGAUGUGAUUGUAGAUUCUUGGGGGUGAACGUCUCUGCUCAGUGGCACUUUACCAAGGCCAGUACUGUGCAAAGGUCUUAGGCCACCAUCAGAUUUGUCAGUGCUAUAAUGACCGUACAACAAAUAUUUGCUGUGAAAAAUAUCUAUUACACCAGGUUUAAUCAACACGUGCUUGAUCAUGUGAGUUAAUGUCAUUCACAGCGUGAUAAUAUAUAAAGUCACAUCAUUCCAAUCCAAAUGCCAAUGAUCACAGAAUUUGACAGACAUGAAAACAACAGAGAGGCUGGCGUAUGGCGCUAUGCAUAAGCAUUGCAAUUGCAUUUCUUUACCACUAGAGGAGCAAAAAGGUGUGCAGGUGUCACCUACGGACAAUCGGAGGGUUUUUAUCACGGAUUGAUUUGCCCGCUGAUUUGGUUUAAAUUCUGUCAUACUGAGCAACUCGUGCCAUAUUGUGCACGACUGGUCUGUAUGCUCAUGUUAUCGUGUCAACAUGCUACUCUAGGUCAUCUUUCAUUCCAGAGUAGCUGACAAGAAAUAAGACUCACACAGUGUCAGACUUAAAGAGGGUUUUCAUCGGUUGGUGACGUGAACACGAAAGGUUACACCAAAGUCCUUAGGAUUCAGCCUCAGUGGAGCAUGUGGCCACGUUUUUGAAACCACUCCAUUUAGAUGCUGAACUAGUGAUGAGCUCUAAUGAGCUGAUAAUCCCACAGAUAGUCAACACACUUGGAUAUUUGGACUAUUUAUUGCUGUGCCAGGAGCCAUUUAGGCCACAGGAUAUUUAAAUGGAGUUAUUUAAACAGACGCCCUCUGUGUGGGUGAGUGUGAAGACACCUUUGGAUUCAGACAUUUUGGACAAAGUGCAGGAUACAGAGGCUUGAAACCCCAAAAGUGCCACUUUGAAAUAUGAAAGUAAAGUAGAGGGGGAGUAAAAAAAUAAAAAUAAAAGUACGUCGCUGGUCCAAAACAUUUUUAUUGCUUGUUGAAAAUGUCUUUACCAUUUUGUUCAUUUUUAAAGGAAACAGUGAAGCCGUAUGAAGUACCUCAGCUUAUAAACUGUGACAGAAAGAAAGCUAAUACUGCAAGUGUGUUUCUUUUUUUAAUGUGAGCCAUGUUUUUUUGUCUUUCUUAUUAUGACGGAAAGUAAAAAAAAAAUCAAUCAAUCUGAACUCUGACACAAUUUGAACAUUCCUGCUUGAUUCAGUCCACACUGCUGUUGGCUGCUAAAUAAUGUCAUAUAAGGAAAGCAGUAGCUUUGGCAGUAUUCAAAAUAGCAAAGUAACAUCUGUUGUUUCAAGCCCUUGCCAUCCCGAGAGCCUCGUAUACCUCGGCUCUGUCACGUCCCUCGACAUCGCCUGACAGACUUACACGGUCUUGUUCCAUGUCUGAAAGAGACGCGCCGGGCUUUCAGUUGACCCCAAUGUAAACCUGGAGAAUUGAAACGCUCAGAGCAGAGCUGCAGUAAAAUAAGAUUCAGAAUAUGAGAUUAAGGUUAGGGCCUAGACAAGGAAUGAGGUUAGGGUUAGGAUGAAUAUUAAGGUUACUGUCAUGACCUAUAUUAAAUCAUAAAUAAUUAGACAUAGAUGAUGCUUUUGGAAUGUGAAUUGCCCGUUUGUUUUUAACAAAAACAAAUCAAAUCAAAGCAAGAAUGUCCCACCGUUUGUGUGUCAGGUUAUCUCGUUCUUUAUGUGAAUAUAAAUAAGAAAUUGCCAUAGCCUGCCAUUGGACUGGGGAACUAUAUGAAUAAAACGAAUAAAAGAUUGAGAAAAACAUCA